AUGCUCUACCACAAUUACUGUGUCCAUUACGACGUUAUUGAGCCGAUGUUUACCGAUUUCGAUAGAAUUGCUCAGAUACUUCACGUUAGUGCGGAUGUUCUUGAUCGGCGCAUUGUUCAGCAGGUGGCUAACUGGAAUGGUCCUGUGUCAUUGACGGUUGUACUGAGAACGAUCAACCAAUAUCACUGCACCAUUGAAUUUCUGAAGAAGAUUCGUCAGGAAUCACUGGAUGUGGCCCAUUACCUCCGUGCUCACAUCGUGUUUGAAAAGGCUUUCUCAUCAAACUGUACGGUGCCUUCGAUCUUUCCAUCGUUGGGGUCAUCUUCUGCUUCAGAAUGCGAGAAUCACAAAGCUACAAUUGAUCAGAUUGCCCAUUAUCCAGCGAAUCUGGCUAGGAAUGUCGCUCGAAUAUUUUCCUCGUCGAAGUACAUCAUCAUCACAGACUACGAGCACCUUUUCAGUGAAGGAUUUGAAGUGAAAGUGAGAUCUAUCGCUUCCCGUCGACUCGCUGAGCGAUCGCAGACCAUUCUCGCUUAUCGAAUUUUCGAGAUUGACAAAAAAAUUUCGGCGUUACCUCGCAACAAGUCCGAUUUGCAUAAAUUGUACAAAUCACAACACGCUGUGGUUUUCCAUUCGAGAUACUAUCCAGGUUCAGGAGCCCAUGACAUAACUGGACUCGAGGAGUGGUUUUCGAAGAAUAAAACAGUCGACGGUUUAUUCGCUAAAGAUCAGAAGUAUGACAGGUCGAACUGGGAACCGCAGUUCGUCUCUCACUCGCGGAUUCCUUUCCAUGAUGAGCGGUUCCCUUUUCAACUGAGAGACAACACCGUGCUAGUGAGUUUUCUUCCUUACGUUCUCCGAGGCUCCCAAUACCAAGGUUUGCUUCAGCGAUGGGAACUUUGUCGAGCGAAUUACACAAUUGACAUAUUGGACGACGUCUUCAUGUUUCAUCGAGGAAUUAAACUGCAAAAAAAUAUGGAGUCAUUGAGAAUACAAAUGCAGAACACAGCUAUAUUCAAUGAGGCUCUGAAAGCCUUCAAAGAGCGAAUGGAUAAGGAAUACCCGGAAACCAAACACCGAUGCCCUACACCAGAGCGGUAA